CUGAUACAGCGUGAGAUGAAACAGAUGAUUUAUUGUUGCGUCACUUUUAUCAGUGACACAAAGUACGCAUGUCCCUGGCUUUCCUCCAGUACUGAUUUUACUUUCACCCUUUGCACCUUGAAAAGUUUUCUGCUUUCCCAGCCCUCAGCUGUCACAGACAUGCUUUCUCUGUCAUUACGGCAAACAUUACGGCCCCUCUUCCUCAGGGUCUCAGGAUGUGUGGGCCAAGAGUGGCAGGUCACAGCGGAGUCGAGCAGGCGAGGCCUCAGCAGCGCCAGCGGGUGGACGGGGCAGGAGAGCCUGGCGCAGGAUGACCCAGAGAUGUGGAGCCUCCUGCAGCAGGAGAAGGAUAGGCAGUGUCGGGGACUGGAGCUCAUUGCAUCAGAGAACUUCUGCAGCCGUGCAGCACUUGAGGCCCAGGGCUCCUGUCUGAACAACAAAUACUCUGAGGGUUACCCAGGACAAAGGUACUAUGGAGGUGCAGAGAUUGUAGACCAAAUUGAGCUCCUGUGUCAGAAACGAGCACUCGAUGCCUUCGGUUUGGACCCAAAUCUGUGGGGCAUAAACGUCCAGCCGUACUCUGGGUCCCCCGCUAACUUUGCAGCCUACACUUCUGUGCUGAAGCCUCAUGACCGCAUCAUGGGCCUGGAUCUGCCUGAUGGAGGACAUCUCACCCACGGCUACAUGACAGACACCAAGAGAAUCUCAGCCACCUCCAUCUACUUUGAAUCGAUGCCUUACAAGCUGGAUCCCAAAACAGGUCUGAUAGAUUAUGACCAGCUGGAGAAGACAGCCCGACUCUUCAGACCCAGACUAAUCAUAGCAGGAACCAGUGCCUACGCUCGCCUCAUUGACUACCCUCGUAUGAAGAAGCUGUGUGUGGAGCUUAAUGCCUACCUGCUGGCAGACAUGGCUCAUAUCAGCGGCUUGGUGGCAGCAGGAGCUGUUCCCUCUCCUUUCCAGCACGCUGACCUGGUCACCUCCACUACCCAUAAGUCUCUGCGUGGAGCAAGGGCUGGACUGAUCUUCUUCCGGAAAGGUGUGCGGUCUGUGGAUAAGAAAGGACGGGAGGUGAACUAUGACCUCCAGGACAGGGUGAACUUUGCCGUGUUCCCAUCACUUCAGGGUGGACCUCACAACCACGCCAUUGCAGGGGUGGCCGUCGCCCUCAGACAGGCUUCCACCCCCAUGUUCAAACAGUACAUCGCCCAAGUUCUGCUGAAUGCCAAGUCCAUGGCUAAUGCUCUACUGAAGAAAGGCUACACCCUGGUGUCAGGUGGAACAGACAACCACUUGGUCUUGGUUGACCUUCGACCUCGCGAGAUGGACGGGGCUCGAGCUGAGAGGGUCCUGGAGCUGGUGUCCAUCACCGCCAACAAGAACACCUGCCCUGGAGACAAGAGCGCUCUCACUCCAGGAGGACUCAGGCUCGGAACUCCGGCUCUGACCUCCAGACAGUUCAAAGAAGCAGACUUUGAAAAGGUCGUGGACUUUAUUGAUGAGGGGAUUCAGAUUGCACUGGAUGUGAAGAAGAAGACCGGAAAUCUGGCAAGCUUCAAGUCCUUCCUGCUGGAGGACCCAGAGACAGUGUCGCGCAUCGCAGAGCUCCGCCAGCGGGUGGAGCUAUUCGCCAGACCCUUCCCCAUGCCUGGAUUCACCGACCACUGAUUAACACCAAACACAGAAAGGCAGUUUCCCAACACAUCACGGACAUUAACUUUACUUUACUUUACUCCUCUGAUGGAAAAUGAGCAAUGUUUCAGAACAGGUUCAUGUGAGUUGAAACUUGUGCCAACAUGCAGCCUUGCAGUCAUCUCCACACACAGUCACAUACAUUUCCAUAACAGCUAAUGACUUCAUAUCUGCCAAAUAAUAUGAAAAAUACAGUAUGAUGUCUUAAAGCCUAAUCAAUAAAAAGUAAUUGAAUACAAA